GCAUUCCCCUCCCGUUCGCUCUCGCCCUCCCUCGCCACAUUCCCCUUCCGUUCACAGUUCACUCACGCACCCCCUCUCGCUCUCCGAGACUCCGACGAUUGGUGUCUCGCCCCCUCGCUCUCCGACGACUGGUGGGCCGCCGGCGCCGGCGCCGCCCUACGCCAGGUGCCGAGGUCUUCGUCUGUCUCUUCGCCGGCGACGAGCGCCCACCAGCUGAAAAAAAGUUCUAGCCAAACAUAAUAAUGGCUAUGAUUGACGAACCUCUGUACCCGAUUGCUGUGCUGAUUGAUGAACUGAAAAAUGAAGAUAUUCAGUUGCGCCUUAACUCCAUCAGAAAGCUUUCUACAAUUGCCCGGGCAUUGGGUGAAGAAAGAACAAGGAAAGAGCUGAUUCCGUUCCUUAGUGAAAACAACGACGAUGAAGAUGAGGUGCUUCUUGCAAUGGCGGAAGAGUUGGGCGUUUUUAUUCCUUAUGUUGGAGGUGUAGAGCAUGCACACGUUUUGCUUCCACCACUGGAAACAUUGUGUACUGUGGAGGAAACCUGCGUCAGAGACAAGGCUGUGGAAUCGCUUUGUCGGAUAGGAGCACAGAUGAAGGAAAAUGAUAUUGUGGACUGGUUUGCCCCUGUCGUAAAGAGGUUGGCGGCAGGCGAGUGGUUCACAGCUCGAGUUUCGUCAUGUGGCCUUUUUCAUAUCGCCUAUCCUAGUGCAUCUGAACAACUGAAGGCAGAACUGAGGACAAUUUAUGGCCAGUUAUGCCAAGACGACAUGCCUAUGGUACGAAGAGCUGCUGCAUCCAAUCUUGGAAAGUUUGCUGCAACAGUUGAACAAAGUCAUUUGAAGACAGAAAUCAUGUCAAUAUUUGAUGAUCUAACUCAAGAUGAUCAAGAUUCAGUGCGACUAUUGGCAGUUGAGGGUUGUGCUGCUCUUGGGAAGUUGUUGGAGCCCCAAGAUUGUGCAGCACAUAUUCUCCCAGUUAUUGUAAAUUUCUCUCAGGAUAAAUCUUGGCGUGUGCGUUAUAUGGUGGCAAAUCAACUGUAUGAGCUAUGUGAAGCUGUUGGUACUGAGCCCACAAGGGGUGAUCUGGUGUCAGCAUAUGUUCGCCUCCUCUGUGACAAUGAGGCUGAAGUGCGGAUUGCAGCUGCUGGAAAAGUUACAAAAUUCUGCAAAAUAUUAAACCCACAAAUUGCAAUUGAACAUAUUCUUCCGUGUGUCAAGGAAUUAUCAACAGAUUCAUCUCAACAUGUUCGUUCAGCUUUGGCAUCAGUUAUUAUGGGAAUGGCUCCUGUAUUGGGAAAGGAUGCCACUAUUGAACAACUUCUUCCCAUUUUUCUUGCUUUGCUGAAGGAUGAGUUCCCUGAUGUUCGACUCAACAUUAUAAGCAAACUUGAUCAAGUUAACCAGGUUAUUGGAAUUGACUUGCUGUCGCAAUCACUUCUACCAGCCAUUGUAGAGCUCGCUGAAGAUAGGCACUGGAGAGUUCGGCUUGCCAUAAUUGAGUACAUACCUUUGUUGGCCAGCCAGUUAGGUGUUGGUUUUUUUGAUGACAAAUUGGGGGCACUUUGCAUGCAGUGGUUGGAAGAUAAGGUUUUCUCAAUCCGAGAUGCUGCUGCCAACAAUUUAAAGCGUUUGGCAGAGGAAUUUGGCCCUGAGUGGGCGAUGCAACAUAUAAUUCCUCAGGUUUUGGAGAAGAUAAACAACCCACAUUAUCUGUAUAGGAUGACCACUUUGCAAGCUAUUUCUUUGCUAGCUCCUGUCAUGGGUCCUGAUAUCACAUGCCAACAGUUGCUCCCUGUUGUCAUUGCUUCUUCAAAGGACAGGGUUCCGAACAUGAAAUUCAAUGUUGCUAAAGUCCUGCAAUCACUUGUACCAAUCCUUGAUCAAUCUGUUGUGGAGAAGGCGGUGAAACCAUGCCUAGUUGAGCUCAGUGAGGACCCAGAUGUAGAUGUAAGAUACUAUGCACACCAGGCCCUUCGGGCGUGUGACCAAAUGGUGAUAUCUAGCUGACUAGCCUGUCCAGAAAUUAGCAAAUGAGAUACCCAUUGGUCCAUUUUUUGAAUAUUUAUUAGAGUGUUAUGUAAUCUUAUAAUUAUUCUACCACCAAUGACUUUGAUGCAACUUUUUAUUAAUUAUGUGUUUUUGAUUUAGGUUUAGUUUAGUUUUUGGAUUUAAUCAACCUUGGGGAAGUAGGUGGACACAUGAUGUUUGUGUGAUUGACCUGUGCAUGUCAUGUGCUGUUACUUGGUAGGUCAUUACGUGUAAGCACAUUGUUUUAUAGUUUGCUUUGCUUACUCUGGUUGUGUGCGGAAACUGUAUUCAUUGCUCUUUCAGACACGAAAACCAUGUUCGUUGCUUGCGAAUUUGUUUUA